AGCUCUUUCCAAGGCCAAGUCUCGCUCGACCCUGGACCCUUAGUACCCCGUAGGCUGCGUUCGCAGGCUUCUGAGAAAGGGUAACUCUGCUGAGGGAGUGAGUGCCUGAGACCUGGUCUAUCUGGCUGCUGUGCUCGAGUAUCCCUUGAGUUGGCCGGCAACGCGGCCCGGGCCAACAAAAAGAUCCGCAUCAGCCCCAGGCAUCUGCAGCUGGCCGUCCGCAACGACGAGGAGUUCAACAAGCUGCUGGGAGGGGUGACCAUCGCUCAGGCCGUGAUGUUGCCCAAGAAAACCGGCGGUGCCAGCAAGUGAAGAGACAGAAUCUGAACCCAGUGACCCAAAGGCUCUUUUCAGUGCCGCUCACAGUCUCUGUGGAAGGGCUGCUCUGCGGAUUCCAUAAGCGCGGGGUAAAGGACACGGGUUUCGUUGUCACUGCGAAAUGUUUCUGAGUAAGUUCCUUCUACAAAAACACUAAAGUCCGACUAACAUAUCUUAACUGGUUUCUGUCGAUGAGUGGAGAUGUUUGCUGAAUCAUUUCCGGAGCUGAGGGAGUUUUUUUGCUGGUGUCUACAAAAUGUUCGAAUGUUCCCCGGAAAGAUGGUUUGGAUCAAUUUCCCUUUUACUACGGUCUCAUAUUUAAGUUGAAAAGAUGCCUGAGCCGUCGAAAGCUUCCAAGAAGGGCGCCAAGAAAGCCGUGUCCAAAGCGCAAGGCAAAGCAGGCAAGAAACGCAAGAGGGCGAGGAGGGAGACUUAUUCCAUUUACGUUUAUAAGGUAAUGAAGCAAGUCCAGCCUGACACCGGCAUCUCCUCCAAGGCCAUGAGCAUCAUGAACUCAUUCAUGAAUGACAUUUUCGAACGCAUCGCUGGGGAGGCUUCCCGCCUGGCUCAUUACAACAAACGAUCGACCAUCACUUCUCGGGAGAUCCAGACCGCGGUGCGCCUGCUGCUGCCCGGAGAACUAGCCAAGCACGCUGUGUCGGAAGGGACCAAAGCGGUAACCAAGUAUACUAGUUCCAAGUGAAGCGGCUGAGUACUAAGA